ACAACAACAAGAAGAAGAAAAAAAGAUGGCUGAAAGUAUUGACAAUGCGGCUGAACAGUCAUCCGCUCCUGACACUGAACAAUUAAAACUAUCUGACUUAUUGGAGCGUGGUUGGAAGAUACUUCAGGAACUGGACAGUUCAAACGAACCGUUUGGCCCCAACACCGUGCAUCGCAUUAAACGCGGCAUUAACAUGUUGGAAGACGCGUCGAGGAUGGUUGUUCAGCUCGACCUGUUUAGCCGUAACGAAGAGGUGGAAGAGAUCGCCACUGCAGACCUGAAGUACCUGCUGCUCCCUGCCCUGCUAGGGGCCCUGCACAUGAAGCAGAGCAGCCCGCACAAGCGGCUGGAGACGGUGCAGAUAGCUCGGGCUUACUUCAUGGAUUUCUUAAAGACGUGUCAUGACUACAACAUCUCACAGUUUGAGCUGCCGAAGCCAUCAAAUGAAAACGGUGUUUCCCAAGAAACAUCGGAGGGCGUAUUUUCCAAAGCCAAGUCUUUUUCUGCAGGUCCAUCAAAUUUGGUUGCCAUGGCAGCAAAGAGACAAGCGAAGAUUGAACGGUAUCGACAGAGAAAGGAACUGGAGACUAGACUGUCGGAUGUUCACAAAGUAGUGGAGAGUGGACAGGCCGAUGACGAGGUCAGCAGAGAAUUUUACCUUCUGAAUGUCCAGAGAUGGAUCACUGUUUGUCUGGAGGAGAUGGAGGCCAUUGACCAGGAGGUGGAGAUACUUAAAAACAUGGAUCUUCUGAAGCAGAGUCGUGCUAACCAACCAGCUCAGCCACCCAGAAAUCCCAUGAAACCCUUCAUCCUCACUAGAGAUGCUUUACAGGCUCAAGUACUCGGCGCUGGGUAUCCUAGCCUCCCCACCAUGACAGUGGAUGACUGGUAUGAGCAACACAGAAAACAUGGAGUCCUGCCUGAUCAGGGCAUGCCGAGCAAAGUUGCUGUGGAGGACAACACUGAUGAGCAGGCGAGAGAUGAAGAAAAAGAGAAAAAGGCUGAGAAUGAUGAUGAAGCUUCUUUGUUAAAAGCCAGAAACUGGGAUGAGUGGAAAGAUGAUCACCGCCGAGGAUAUGGAAACCGUCACAACAUGGGCUAAUCCUUUCUUAACGCACUCUUAAUUUCAUGUUUGUAAUGUAAACAACAAAGUGGAUGUUCCUCACACGUUAUUGCUCCUAAAAAUUUAAGUAUAAGAAUGUCUCAAAAUUUGGAAUGGCCCUUGUGUUCUUUGCUUUACCUUCUGUAGAAAAGAGCUAUUUGAUGCAACUAUGAAUCAGGAUGAAUAGUUUAAACAUCCUCUCUGCUUUCUUCUUAUAUUUCAUUAAUGCCAUGGUUUUAAAGCUACAAGAUGGUUGUACAACUAAGCUUUUCCUUAUUUGUGACUACAAGAUACAAAAAAUCCUGUUAGCCAAAGGAUGCACGUAUCAGCACCAUAAUGGAUUUGUAAUAUAAAUAUUCUUGUUCUUGCCUAAAACUGAUCCAUGUGAUGUCACCAGAUCUGAACAUCUCAGAACGUCAGGUUAAAGAAAGCUGUCAAGUGAUUUCUUGUAUUGUCGUGUAUGCAGCAGCUGGAAUGGAGACUUCUAAUAAAAAUGCUGAGCAGACUCUUGAUUAGCCCACAGACACAACUGAAGGUCAUCAUCUGAACAUAGAAACAUGAAAUAUUUUAUAGCAGUUUCAAUGUUACAAUUCAUUUUAAUAUAUUGAUACUCCUUUAUCAAACCUAUGCUGAUUGAUUUUCUGUCACAAGCAUAGCAUCUCUGUUUUGGUGAAAAAUCUGUGUCUCCUUAAAUUGUUUGGUAAUACAACAAAUUAAAAGUACUAAUGGUAAAGACUAAGCAAAAACCCAACUGGCUGUUUUUGCUAGAGUAGCUUAUGUUCCCUUUUUUCCAAUAUGCUCCUAGAAAAUUGUUUUUUGGUGUGUGCGUCAAUUACUGCCUUAAAGAAAUUUACUGGGGAAGAACGGGUGUGAAAAGAAUCACUGUCAGUCAUGCCAUUUUAGCCAAGGUAUAUAAUCAGUGGUUGCUAUAGCGAUUUCUGCCUUUUUCAGUUUGCUAUGAUUACUGCCAGUUCUGGCAUUUUUGGGUUUUUUUAUUGUGAUAUCAAGUAAUACUUUGGGUAUUUGUAGUGUUUGUUGAUAUGAUAGAGGAAAAAAGAAAAUUUUAAAAUCACU